AUGUCGGGUACUUUGGAAGACUUGAGCGCAGAGCAAAAGCAGGGAUUAAACCAAUUCAGGGAGACUAUCAAGUCGAAGGAAUAUUUCAACGAAAAGAGACAUGACGAUAGAUGUCUCCUUAGAUUCCUUAGAGCUAGGAAAUUCGAUGUUGCAAAGGCUGAAGAAAUGCUUGACGCUGCUGAGAAGUGGAGAAAAGAGUUCAACGUCGACGCUAUCAAAGAAUCGGAAUUUGAUCAAAAAGAAUUAGAAAUUAUCAACAAGUACUACCCAAAGUUCUACUACAAAACUGAUAAAGAUGGCAGACCCGUUUAUAUUGAAAGACUCGGAUACCUCAACGUCCCAGAACUUUAUAAGGCUACCACAGCUGAGCGCAUGCUCAAGCAUCUCGUUUACGAGUACGAGAAGUGCUUUGACUCUAGAUUCCCAGCUUGCUCUAAAGCAUCAGGCAAGCACAUUGAAACUUCUUGCACUAUCCUUGACAUGCACAACGUCGGAAUAAAGAGCUUCUACGAUGUUAAAGACUAUGUCGCACAAGCUAGCAACAUCGGCCAAAAUUACUACCCUGAAACCAUGGGUAAAUUCUACAUUAUCAAUGCUCCAUUUCUCUUCACUACUGUCUGGAGCGUAGUUAAGGGAUGGUUAGACCCAGUGACCGUCUCCAAGAUUGUGAUUCUUGGCAAAUCCUACAAGGAUGAAUUGCUCAAGCAAAUCCCAGCAGAGAACUUACCUAAAGACUUUGGAGGUAAGAGCGAAGACAACAUAUUUUCAGAUCCUGGUCCUUGGAAUGUAACACCCAAUCCUCAAUAA